GCAAGAUGCAAAGCAAAGUUUGAGUUGUGUAUUAUUAUUGUGGUGCUUGUGCAGGGAGCCCUCGACUACCGCCACGAUUUGUAAACAUUUCACCAUUGUGAAUCAAAAACCGAGUCCUUUUAUUUGAAAGAUGCCUCCCCCGCCUGCACCUAAAAAGCCGCUGUUCCCUGUCACUCCGGAUCCAGUUACUGAUCAUCCUAUCCAGCCACCAACAAUUAUUGUAAUCCAACCGGGCUCUGUAAAUCUCAGAGUUGGCCGAGCAUCAGAUGCCUUUCCCAUCACUGUGCCACACUGCAUUGCUAGGAAAUGUCCAAAUGUAGAGAAUUCACUUCCAGAUGACCACAUGCUCCUCCGACCUGAAUGUAGUCACCCAGAGGCAGGCCAACAGAUUCGAGCUGGACUUGCAUCGAUAGAAGAACUUCUCCAGUCUCGACCUACUCUUGCUGGUAGCCACAGACAGCUUACACUCCCAAGACAGUUAAUGGCAUUCAAUAGUCAAGUGCCAAGUGAAAAGACAGAAUCUCAGGAUUGCCCAAAUUGGACAGAUGUUGACAAGAAACCACCCUACGUUGUUGGAGAAGAGGCUAUGUACAUUCGACCAUCAGAGCAUUAUCGUCUGAGCUGGCCCAUGCGUAGAGGACAGCUAAAUGUUCACCAAGGUCCUGGGGGUACCCUGUCAUCUGUCCUGGCUGAUAUUGAGGCCAUCUGGGGCUGUGUACUACAGGACCACAUGGAAAUACCUUUGAAAGACCUCAAACACUACAGGGCUGUCCUCCUAAUCCCAGAUGUUUAUGUACACAAACACAUCAAGGCAUUGGUGAACUUGCUACUGAACACUUUUGGCUUUGGUGCUGCAAUUGUACAUCAGGAGUCUGUAUGUGCAACCUAUGGCUCUGGUAUCACAGUUGCUUGUGUUGUGGAUGUGGGUGACCAGAAGACAAGUAUCAGCUGUGUAGAGGAUGGCAUUUCACACAAGGGAAGCAGAAUCACGAUGGAGUAUGGGGGUAGUGAUGUGAGCCGCUUAUUCCACUCUCUGUUGGCUCGCUGUGGCGUCGCUCUGCCUGAAGUGAAUCUCACCUGCCCAGGAGAUGUAGUACAGCUACAGGCCCUGAAAGAGACCUGCUGCCAUCUAGAUCAGGACCAGAGUGAGAUCAGUCAGCAUGCUUUGGAGAUUCACAAGCCAGACAAGUUUGUGAUGAAGUACAAUGUGAAGCUGGGCGAUGAACCCAUACUGGCCCCGAUGGCUCUGUUUAGACCUAUGGCCUUUGGAUUGCUGGGCCAACACCUCAUCCACGUCCAAGGCCGCAACGAAGGGGAUGCUGAUGACCCACACGAUGAAGACUACUUACGACAAACUCAGAGGCAGUCAUGGGCUGGAAGGCUGGCAGGCUCAAAGAAGGAUGAAUCAGAAAUGUCCCGAGAAACUUCAGAGCAGAACCUGAGCCAGCUGGAUGAUCUGACAAAUGGACCUUUGGAUGAAGACUCAAACGAUGUUCCUGAUGUUAUGUCCACCUCAGAAAAUGCCAAAUCAAAUCGGCGAGUGGAAGAUGAAGAGGAUGAAGACAUGGAUGAUGAAAGUGAUCUGCACUUGAUGGGUGUUGAUGAAGCUAUCAUUCACUGCAUUGAGAAAUGUGACUCUGAAGAACUGCGUCGUAAACUAUACAGUUGCAUCCUAGUGGUCGGUGGCGGCCUUCAGUUUGAAGGGGCCAUGACUUGGCUGCAGUACCAAGUGUGGCAGUCAAUGCCAGCUCAAAUGAGGCUCCAGCUGGAGACCAUGGAUAUCAUUACAAAGCCAAAGGACAUGGACUCAAGCUUGACAAGUUGGAAAGGGGGUGCCAUCCUGGCGUGCCUUGACUCAACACAAGAAUUGUGGGUGUGGCAGAAAGAGUGGAAACAGUUCAGUGUGCGCAUGCUGCGAGAAAGAGCACCUUUUAUUUGGUAGCCGAAUAAAUUGUCUCAGAUUAGUGUUUCCUCCCUUUUUUCACUAAAGUUCGAAAGACAAAGAAAAUUGUGUUCCUGGAUAAAUACUGGAUAAAGCGAGUACAGAGCUAGAAGGACUCAAAUGGAUGCUAUUAUGUUACGAAUGUGUUUAUGUAUGUGAAGGAUAUAGCAGACAAUAAUCAUGAAAACAUGUUUUCAUUGUUCACUGCCAUGUGUUAUUGACAAUAAACAUUUUUUACCUUAACAAAA